AUGCCGAACGAGCAGGAUCACAUUGGGAGAACGGGUGCAGCGGGAAUGAGCACAAUGCAGACAACCCCCAGCACAAUACCACCGACCAUGGCAGCAGAAGAGGAGGUACCGGCCGAUGUCGAUGAACCUCCGGAACAAAGGCGUACGCCACGACCAGCACCUCUCAAAAUCCAGCACUCGUCAUCAUUCACGAAGCUCUCCUCAAAACCAGGGAUCGACCGCAAGACAUCGCUCUUGACGUCUGCGUUGCAAUCCGCCUCGAACACAAGCUCGCCCGUGGAUGACCACUCCGACAGGGACCCGCCUCGUGGCAUGUCGUGCAUCUCCAUGUGGAGCAACAGCACCAUCUCGACUGCCGGCCUGACCAGCGACGAAGGCUUCACAAGCGCGGGCACAAGGACGUGUACACCUAGCCCGCCACUACCUUCGACCAUAAUCCACACUAUGCUCCCACCGUUCACGAAGAAGCCUUCAGAGCAGCGACUAAAGUUUGUCGGACGAGAGAACGAUACCAUUGCAGCACCCAAGCCGGAAACGCCUGCUGGUGAACAGGGAGUCGAGGCGACGUUGGGCAGGAAGAGGUGUAUCAUGUUCGCGUGCGGCGGUCAGAAAGAGGAGAAGAAGCCACUGGAGGCACCGGCUAAGCCUGCGACACCUCCUACCGCCGAGGAACCUCCCAAGCGUGCUUGCACUAUCAAGUUCGCCUGCGCAAAGCCCACAAUGCCCGCACCCGCCGCUGAGGAGCCAGCAAAGCAUUCGAAGCCAAAAACCUCCCGUCGUCCUGCCAGUCCCGCACCCCCACCACGUAAGAUACCUGUGUCACCCAAGCCAUCUCCGAGAGCCCACCGUGACUCUGAUUCCACAAUCCGCAACAAUUCUCCCAUCAGCGUCCGCAAGGUUUCGAUGGUCGAUCGGACACGCCGCCUCAGCCAGAACUCGGAACUUGCUCGCACCGAAGCUUUCCGCUUCCACGAGUUCGCAAGCUCGGAAGAGGAGGUCGAGGAAUGGACGCAAGAGAUCACGUGUCAUCGAAACAGACUCACUGUUGGCGACACUCUUCGGGUUGAAAACAAUCUCCGGCAACUCGUCGAAGAAGUCGAAGAGGAGGCUUUGGAGGACGAUGACGAUGAUGACGAUGAUGACGAUGACGCAGCUGAUGAUGAGGAUGACGACGAGGAUGACGAGGAUGAGGACAACAGCGAUGCCCACAGCGAUGUCACCGAUGAGGGCUUUCAGACUGACGACGAGGAAGGCUUCGCAGUCUCCGACGAUGAGAGCGACGCUGGAUCCGACUACAACUGGUGGGCCCCUGGAGGCUCAACUGCAGCUACGUCCGUCGAUCACAUUGGCAAUCUUCGACCCAAGAAUCACCGCACAGUCUCCGAGUCUUCCAUUGGAUCUCUAGAAAGUCGGAAGAAUGGGUUCAAGAUGUUCGAGCGGGAGCGUGGCCAGCGCGCAGCCGGUCCAUCAGGCCAUUCGAUCAAGCGCAAGCAGUCGAAGCCAAUGAACAUUCGCGCAUCAGAACCAGAACUUCCUGACAGCACCGACUUUGUUUGUGGAACUCUUGAUGAGGAUAGGCCAGCGGAAGAGGCUUACAUGUCGAACCUGGAACGCCGCCGCGCAGCCAAGCACAAGCCUGCACCUCAAGACAUCGAUCCUAGCUUUCCAGCUUCAGAUCCUGAGCUCGUUGAGGACGAUGAGGAGGACGAAGUAGACGACAUUGAGAACCGUUCUGAAAGUGAUAACUACUUCAUGAUGCACGGACGAAUGGACAUCAUUGGCGCUGCGCCGCGUGGACGUCGUAGAGAUACCUUGAAGCAGCGCUCCCCUCCCGCUCACUCGCCAAAGCGACCUGGUUCACCUCCACCGGCCAAGCGCAUUGCCAUUCAUCAUUCCCCACCGCCUCCUCGUGCGCUCUUUGGCAAGUCACCUGUGCGAGCCCGUUCUCCAGCUCCCAUGCGCCUCCGCUCACCGCCCCCAUCUCGACGAGGCUCUGCCAACAUCCUGGCGGCACGCCAACGUUCAGAGAUGUCCAUCAAAUUUGGCGGGAUCGGCGAGCGACAAGCCCUGACAGUAUCUGCCUCGCUACCUCGAACUCCCAUCACUGGACAUCACAACCCACUGGAGUACGACGAUGACGACGACGAGGGGACCACCACCAAUGACAUGCCCGUCCGUCGCGCUAUCGACAUCCAGGUCGGUCUCGAGAAGAAGAGGCAGCGACGCAGAGAGCAGUUGUACAGAAAGCAGCACCGCAAGAGCACGAAGGAGAAGCGCCCGCCGGUUCCAGGACGAGGUGCAGAGCGCAUGCGCGACGUCGGUCUACAAAUGGCUGCACACAAAGGCAAGACUACUGCCUUCAACCCCUUCCAUGUUCCAGCCACACCAGAUCAGGCGAACAUGCAUGUGCUGUCCGUAUAA